GUUUGCGUGUGUGUGUCUGAACUUCCAGUGGCAGAGGCGGCGCGACGCGGGGACGUCUACGGCAGACACCGGAGAAGAAUCUGGGGCGGGCACGUUGAGUUUGGGCUGCCUUAUUUAGAGAGGUGUGUGGUCAGGCGUUGCCUGACUCUCAAGGCUGAAAACGAGUGGAGGGGCUGCUGGGCACGUUGCCUGAUCACAAGAUGGCUGCGCCAGACUCGCCCCAUUCACCGGUGGAUGCGGUGGAGAGCGAGCGACAAUUGAGCAACUUGCUUUCCGACAGCAUCCUGCAGUUGCUUGCUCCUUUGUUGAAAUCCAUGGAUGACAGCGUUCGUGAUACGCAACAGUCACAACGGCAGCUGGCAGCACAGCUCGAUCAGCUCCAAACUGAGCUGGCUCGCUACGAGGACAUUCAGUCAGCGGUACCAGACUUGAACGUCUACGCUCAAAAGCUUGGCACAACCAAGGUCAACUUGGCCAAGCUCAACGGUCUUGUGAGCACGAUUGAGCAACGCGUGGAACGCAUGAACAAGCUGGCAAACAAGGCCGAGGCCUCUCUGGUGGUUCGCCGAGACACGGCUCUUCAGCAGCAACAACAAGUCGAGGCUCAGCUUCCCGACAUGGCGAAGCGAGCCUUGGCCCAGGUCCCUGAGGCUGCGGCCAUCUCCGCCUAUUCGGCGGAACCCAUUGACGCGAAUGCUGCCACGAAUGCGAAUCAGGAUUCAACCUCAUCCCAGCCCACAAGUGCUGGCCCGGCAACCGAGCCUGCCCAAGGCGAAGCACAGGAAACACAGCCAAAGGCUGCGUCGGCCACUGAAGCCGCUGCGGCUCCCGAAGAAGGCGCUGAAAAGUCUGAAGAACCACAAGAACCAGAAGAGCCAAAAGAGCCUGAAGAUGGCAAGGCCGAAUCAACUGAUGAGCACAACUAGGACAAAGCGAGGUCGUCCAACGGCCAAUGGCACCCCGACUUUGCCCUUCAUCCCUGCUCGCGCCAGGCAGUCAGGCCCCACGGCGCUUCCAGCUUUAACACCGCAUAAAGUUGUCUAUCAACGUUAGUCUGACUCGUCGUGUCAGGUUCAAGAUAUGGAAAUUUUGUAUCAAAAUUGAGUUAUUUUUUCCUUA